AUAUAUUUAGCAUUAUUGCACAUAUCGGCAAGUUUUGCCAUGAUUUCUGACGUAAUUUCACCAGGUGCAAAGUGCGCAUGCGUUGUCAUACCUGCUGCUUUUUUCUGAAAAUUCUUUCCUUUUCUUCUCAGUUAGUCCCCAAGUGGUACUUAUUUGGCCACUUGAAAAGGCUUUCACCCUGCUUUACUGGUCACUUUUGGGUUCCACUGUUGAAUGAGCACACAAAUCUCUGCAUCACCUGUGUUUCUUUUGUAAUCCUCAGUUACAUUUAUCCACCUCUCUGUAAAUGUUGUUUUUUUUCUGUUGGAUUUGGAGCCACGUGGGUGGGUAAUUGGGUUUAGUCCUCCUGAACAAGAGGCCCUCUGAUUACAAAACCUCUGUUUUCCGCCAAGUAGGUCAAAGAAAACAACGAAACAUGAGGCAGAGUGGACUCAUUCCCUGGUAACGACUCCAGAUAUUCCUGCCUCAAGGUUGAGGCAGAAAUGUUGCUGUGCCGACCGGUCCGUCGUUCAGCAUCACUGGAUGUCUCCACAUUUUCCUCCUGUUCAGGUGGGUAAACAAACACAUCAGUCACUGAAGAGCUCGGCUGUCUGAGGGUCAACACGAUCAAAUGUCUUUGAGCUCAGUGAAUAAUUCAAGUGCUCCACUGAGUAAACAAACAAAUCAGUUUGAAGAUGUUACUAUGGACGAUGUGGAACAUGGGAAUAGAAGAGCACUUUUGCCAAGGCGCUCCUUGUAUGGACUGUAUCCUUACAAGUCCAGCAUGAUUGGCCUGGAGAACCUGGGCGACCCUUCAGAAAGCUGGGAUAUAGUGGAGACCAUUGGCAAAGGAACGUAUGGCAAAGUCUACAGAGUGACCAACAAGAAGGACGGAAGUCAGGCGGCAGUCAAAGUGCUCGACCCCAUCAACCACACCAGCUACUCCCACAGAGAUGUAGAUGAGGAAAUUGAAGCAGAGUACAACAUCCUAAGGUCCCUGUCCAACCACCCAAAUGUGGUGAAGUUUUUUGGGAUGUUCUACAAAUCAGAUAACCUGUCGGGGGGGCAGCUCUGGCUCGUGCUGGAGCUGUGCAACGGCGGAUCCGUCACCGAACUCAUCAAAGGCCUGCUGAUGCGAGGCCAGCGACUGCAGGAGCCUGUUAUCUCAUACAUCUUAUACAGCGCCCUCUUGGGCCUUCAGCAUUUGCACAACAACCAGAUUAUCCACCGUGACGUGAAAGGCAACAACAUCCUCCUGACCACCAGUGGAGGAGUCAAGCUUGUGGACUUUGGUGUCUCGGCUCAGCUCACCACUGCACGAUUACGAAGAAACACAUCUGUGGGCACGCCGUUCUGGAUGGCGCCAGAGGUCAUUGCCUGCGAGCAGCAGUAUGACUACUCCUACGACGCCCGUUGUGAUGUGUGGUCGCUGGGCAUCACAGCCAUCGAGCUGGCAGAUGGAGACCCCCCUCUCGCUGAGAUGCAUCCAGUGAAAGCCCUCUUCAAGAUCCCGCGAAAUCCCUCUCCUACGUUACGAAAUCCAGAACAAUGGUGCAGAAGUUUCAUCCAUUUCAUUGGCCAGUGUCUGAUCAAGGAUUUUGAGGCACGUCCGUCAGUGACACACCUCCUCGAACAUCCGUUUAUUAAGCAGGCGCAUGGCAAAGACAUGGCUCUUCGACAGCAGCUAGCGACUCUGGUUCAGGAACAGCAAGAUCUGGGCUGCGCCACCAGAACCAAGCACGAGAGGAUCAAUACCCGUAAAACCCUCAUAAUCGAGAGCUGUCCUGAUGAUGAUCUUGUCAACCUGGAGUUUUUGGACGAGGAGACAAUUAUCAGUCACCUGCAGAAAAGGUACGACGAGUUGCAAGUGUACACAUAUGUGGGCGACAUCCUCAUCGCGCUGAAUCCUUUCCAGAAUCUUAGCAUCUACUCUCCCAAGUUUUCUAAGCUGUACCACGGCUUGAAACGCGCCGACAACCCGCCGCACAUCUUUGCGACUGCUGAUGCAGCUUAUCAAGGAAUGAUGACGUUUUGCAAAGACCAGUGCAUCAUCAUCAGUGGAGAAAGCGGAGCUGGCAAGACAGAGAGUGCCCAUUUGAUAGUCCAACAUCUGACCUUCUUAGGAAAGGCGAAUAACCGGACCCUGCGAGAAAAGAUAUUGCAGGUCAACCCUCUGGUAGAAGCCUUUGGAAACGCCUGCACAGCCAUCAACGACAACUCAAGCCGCUUUGGCAAGUACCUGGAGAUGAAGUUCACUCCCACUGGAGCAGUCAUCGGGGCCAAAAUAUCUGAGUAUCUGCUGGAGAAGUCCAGAGUCAUCAAACAGGCUAUAGGAGAGAAAAACUUCCACAUAUUUUACUACAUCUAUGCUGGACUCUACCAUCAAAACAAGCUGAAGACCUACAGGUUACCGGACCGAACACCUCCCAGGUACAUCAACGGUCAGAACAGUAAAGGCACACAAGACAUCGUCUCCAGCAAACUGUACAAGGAGCAGUUUGACGCUAUUCAGGAAUGUUUCCGAAAUAUCGGCUUCACGGAAGAAGAGGUCAACUCUGUUUACAGAAUUCUCUCAGCCAUUUUGAACACGGGCAAUAUUGAAUUUGCCUCCAUCACGUCGCAGCACCAGACUGAUAAGAGUGAAGUGCCUAAUGCUGAGGCCUUGGAGAACGCUGCGUCUCUCUUGAGCAUCGGCCCAGAUGAGCUCCAGGAGGCGCUGACCUCCCAGUGUGUGGUCACUCGGGGCGAGACCAUCAUCCGGACCAACACGGUCGACAAAGCGGCCGAUGUCCGAGACGCCAUGUCCAAAGCUCUGUACGGCCGUCUCUUCAGUUGGAUCGUGAACCGCAUAAAUGCUCUGCUUCAACCUGACAUGAAUAUCUGUGCCGCAGAGAGUGGCAUGAAUGUGGGAAUCCUGGACAUCUUUGGGUUUGAAAACUUCAAGAAGAACUCGUUUGAACAGUUGUGCAUCAACAUUGCAAAUGAACAGAUCCAGUUCUACUUCAACCAGCACAUAUUUGCCCUGGAACAGAUGGAGUACCAGAGUGAGGGAGUGGAUGCCAGUUUAGUGGAGUACGAAGACAACAGGCCCAUCCUGGACAUGUUCCUCCAGAAGCCCAUGGGACUGCUGUCCCUGCUGGACGAGGAGAGCCGCUUCCCUCAGGCCACAGACCAGACCUUAGUGGAUAAGUUUGAAGACAAUUUGCGCUGCAAGUAUUUUUCCAUUCCUAAGCGCGUGGAUUUGUGUUUUGGAAUUCAGCAUUACGCAGGAAAGGUGAUGUACAAUGUGAAUGGAUUUCUGGAGAAAAACCGCGACACCCUGCCUGCGGACAUCAUGGUGGUUCUCCGGACGUCAGAAAACAAACUCCUGCAGCAGCUGUUCUCCAGUCCUUUAACUAAAAUAGGAAACCUUGCUACAUCCAGGGCCAGGGUGACAGCAGCCUCCAGAUCCCUGCCUCCUCAGCUCAGCUCGGGUCGUAACAAGUCUCCCAAAUACUUAUUGAAGGUGGACACCAUGGAGAUGAUGCGCCAUCCGGAUGAAACCACCAACAUGAGGAGGCAAACGGUGGCCUCCUAUUUCCGUUUCUCGCUGAUGGACCUGUUGUCAAAGAUGGUGGUGGGUCAGCCACACUUUGUGCGCUGCAUCAAACCCAACGACGACAGACAGGCCCUGCUCUUCUGCAAGGAGCGCGUGAUGGUGCAGCUGCGCUACACGGGCAUCCUGGAGACGGUGAACAUCCGCCGCCAGGGCUACUCCCACCGCAUCCCUUUUGAAGAGUUUGUCAACAGAUAUUACUACCUGGCUUUCCGUGCACACCAGCUGCCCGAGCUCAGCAAAGAGAACGCUGCUGCCAUUCUGGAGAGGGCCAAACUGGAGAACUGGGUCCUGGGGAAGACAAAGGUGUUUCUCAAGUAUUACCAUGUGGAGCAGCUCAACCUGCUGCUGCGAGAGGUGAUCGCGCGGGUUGUAGUGAUGCAAGCCUACACCAAGGGCUGGCUGGGGGCUCGGCGCUACCGAAAAUCAAAGGAAAAGAGACACCGCUGCGCCACGAUCAUCCAGUCAGCCUGGAGGGGCUACGUUGCUCGGCAAAGCCUCAAACUAAUCAAAAAGGAGCGGGAAGAAGCUGCGGUCCGUAUCCAGUCAGUGUACAGGGGCCAUCGGGUGCGUCAAGACCAGGACUCCCAACGAGACAAAUGUCAGCCGGAGACUGGAACAAAGACCACCAAAGACAGACAUAUGGGAUCUACAAACCCAAAGAGCAACAAGGCGCAUGAGAUCCGGAAAACAAAUGUUGGCCCUGACAGCCAAGACAGACAAGUCAAAGACAUCAAGAGAGACAAAGGCAGAGCGGAAGACAGUGUAACCAAGCCUUGCAGGGAGACAGCUCGACUGCGAGACGUGCAGUGUAAACAAGGUCCAGUGUCGAGGCAGCAGAGAACUCCUCGCCGGCGGGGCCAGCAGCCCAAGCUGCUUAACAGCCCUGAAGACAGCCUCUACUACAACCAGCUAAAUAGAACUCUGGAUUACCAGGGGAGCAAGAGGAAGCCGAGAAAACUUGGUCAAAUCAAAGUGCUGGAUGGAGAAGAUGAGUACUACAAAUUACUGUCAACUGUGGAGUCGAUCCCAGAGGAGGACUACAGUACCACCACCCCCUCCCCGACCUUCUAGAGGACCCCUCAUCAGUCAUGUCAGCCGUGCGCCGCCUUCAGUUCAGAAGUGGAGCUGAACCUCUGCAUUUACUCUGUAUUUUUAUUUAUUUGUAGCCAGUUGCUCUUUUAUAUCAGUCAAUAAAUGUGCUUGAAAUUCAUCAUGUUCUUGCUGAAAGUAUGUUAAAA